AUGGUCGGUAACACCGUCGUCGACGUAUGGGCUGGGGAAGGUGUGGAGCCGACCCUGAAGUACGAGGAUGACUACGGCUCGUUGCGAUGCCCGUCGCUUACGGGAACUUUCGUCGAGGGAGACUACGCAUACGAUUACGACGGGCCAGAGGCGCUUAGUCGUAUCGGUUUGCUGAAGGUACCUUGGCACCCCGAUAAAGGCGACGGCAUCUAUUGGACCAUCUUCCAGUACAUCGGCUUCCUAUGGGACCUCGAGAGGAAGGAGGUCAGCCUGCCAGACGACAAACGCUUGAAGUUCCGGGAACGGACUCGGCGUUUCCUCGACAACUUCGAGGGUCACCAGUCGUGCACCCUGAAGGACGUCGAGAAGAUCCACGGAUCUCUCUGUCAUGUUGCCUUCGUUCACAUCGAGGGUCGCUCUCGACUUGCGGCACUUUCCAACUUUGCAACCUCGUUCAAGGAGAGCUACCUUGCCAAGCGUUUCCUCCCUGAUCCCGUCAUCCGGGACCUGCGCUGGUGGCGAGACCGCCUUUCCACGCCUGCCAAACCUCGUUCCAUCAGACAUCGGGGGCCUCCACAAGAUCUCGGCCUCUACGUCGACGCUUCAACUUCGUGGGGUAUCGGCAUUUCUGUCGGCGGCCGCUGGGCUGCUUACCGCCUUCGCGAUAGUUGGAAAGUCAAAGGCAGGGACAUUGGUUGGCUGGAAACGGUGGCCAUUGAACUCUUGGUAUACUUCAUCCAGCUGUUGGGCUGGCAGGACUGCCAUCUCCUCAUCCACUCGGACAACCAAGGUACCAUCGGAGCGAUGACAAAAGGUCGCAGCCCUAACCACCACAUCAACGCCAGUGUGCGCCGAACAUACGAUGUUCUGCUGUCUCUUGGUAUUUCUCACACUCUCACCGACGGACGGCUUAAACAGCCACCUCGCUCGAGACCAAUUCGGUUCUCCUGUGCCCCAUCGCCUUCCCCCGCCACCAUCUACGACCUCAAACCCACAUCGAAACCUGUCGCCUUGACCUCGCAGAGACCUAUACACGAGCCCGCCUUUGUUCCAAGUCUCCCAAAAUCCACAUUUCGCCUUGCCACGUCAUCUGAGCUAUACCCGAAACAACGAAAACCGAGAAAGGGGAGCGAGAUCACACCGAGCAGCCUCCGCCCACCUUGUCCGGCGAAACGACGCCUGUACGAGUGGGAGUCCCCCUUCAGCAUCGCCAACCGCAAACACCACGAAGAUAUCAUCCCACCCGACCUUGUUGACAUCGCCAUGUCGUCUGUCGAGCGCUCGCUCGCUCCCAGCACCCAAUCCACUUAUGCCGCCGGCCUCCUCCGGUACCAGCAGUUUUGUGAUCGUUGGGAUAUACCGGAGGACUCGAGGAUGCCUGCUUCUUACGUCUUGCUUGCAGGAUUUGUUGCGGAAGCCUCGGGCUCGUUCGCGCAUUCCACGAUCAAGAACUGGGUCAUGGGUGUCCGUAUGUGGCAUCAGUACCACCAUGCUGGAUGGCACGGUCGUGACGAAUGGGUCAACCUCGCCCUCCGCACUGCCGCAAAGGAUGGCGUCCACCUAAAAAAGCCGCCUAGGCCGGCUGUCUCCAUCGAACAACUUCGUGCGCUCCGAAAUUCUCUUGAUAUGUCCAAUCCCCAGCAUGCGGCUAUAUGGGCUGUAGCAGCGGCCACCUUUUUUGGAUGCCGCCGACUGGGCGAGACCACGGUCCCUUCCCAAACCAAAUUUGACCCCACCACCCACGCUUCCCGUUCCACCACCGUCUCCUUCAAUGAUCUGUCAGAUGGUAUCGAAUCAGCCAUCAUCACCAUCCCUUGGACGAAGACCACCCGGGAGAAGGGAGGCCGCAUUAUCCUCACCUCCCGAGAUGACGACCUCUGUCCAGUCUCAGCCCUCCGAAACCACCUUCAGGUCAACGCCAACGCACCCUCCACCACCUCCCUGUUCGCCUACCGUGCGGGCUCCGAAUGGAUCCAUACCUCGAAGCCCUCCUUCCUUCGGUUUGUCAAUGGUUUCUGGCGCGACAACGGGUUCGCCGAGGUUUACGGGCAUGGUUUCUGCAUCGGAGGAACAGUGGCUCUCCUGCUCGCUGGCGUGCCUGCACAGGUGGUGGCCACCACGGGAGGUUGGACUUCGCUGGCCUUCCUCACCUAUUGGAGGAGGAUAGAGGAGAUUGUCCCUCUCAGCACCGCAAACGCUUACCGCAAGAACGCUCUCAAGGACCUCGCAAAAAUAUUUGAACGAUAUCGCGCUCACAACAAGCUGCCCGCAUCAUGCCUCGAAGACUAG